AUGUUUAAUUAUUUAGGAUCAUAUGGCUGCGGUCUUCUCUGCUGCGGUAGGGAAAGGCAACACUCAUGAGGUGGUGAGAUCUAUGGAAUUUGUUGAAAACGGGUGUCUGCCAUGUCCAGUCAUUAUUUUGACAAUAAUGUAUAUGCAGAAAAUAAUGAACUCGAAUCUACAAUUUUGAUAGAAGGAAUUGUUUGGGAACAACGGAAUUCUCAGGAAGAGGCAGCAAUGAAUGUGAAUGAAGGUAAUAAGAGCAUCCUGGAAGACAGUCGAAAUGAGACUUUUCUGUCUGUAAAUGAAGCGGGCAAUACUACAGAAUACUUUUCCGUACUAGAAAUGACUGAUGAUAGUGUCAUGAAUGAUUUGAAUUUAACAGCAGUUAAUCCAACUGUUGUUGAUGAAAGCAGUUUUUGUCAAAAUGUAUGUGAAGAUGAAGAAGCAACUGAGCAAUCAAAUAUUUUGCAACCCAUUUUAUACGAAAUUGAGGGGUCUGAUGAGUACUUAGCUGUUCAAGUCACUUGUGAUGAGGAAGGAAUAAUGAGAAGGAUACAGUAUAGAAUGAGACAAAAUGAAAAUGGCGAUUUGGAACCAAUAGUUGGGACAACAGAAAUAUUGCCAAUUGAUGAAGACAUUAAUUUAGACGACUUGCAAGAAAACAUACUUGAAAAUGAAAAAAUUGGCAAACAGGAACAAGUAGAAGAAGAAGACGAUUAUAAUGAUUUUAAAGAAGUUCAACACAAUUCCAUAGAACGGAACCCUUUAGACCCACAGUUAAAAAUAAAAAUGGAAGAUCAUACAGAUGGUACAAUUCCUGACUUUCCUAAUAAUAGUGAAGUAGAUCCCUUUCAAAAUGAUAAAAUUAAUUCACAAGAAAAACAAUCGGUUUCUGUGAUAGAAUCAGUUUCUAAUAAACAAGAUUGGAUAAAAAACGAAAUAUUGCAAGAAUCAUCCACGGACUCCGAUUUCACAUUGGAUUUGGACGGUCUUGAAGAUAGUUACGUGAAUGUUAUGGAUUCCAUGGAGUGUCCAAAUGUUCAAAACGACGGUCCACCUUCAGAGCUCUUUUCAGACCCGACCGUCAAUGACAACAUAACAGAAAACGAAACAAAUUUAACCGAACAUAAUUUAGCAUUGACUUAUUCUAAUUCUAAAGACCCUGAUUUAUAUACACAUCUCAAUUCUGAAGUCAUAAUCACUCGCGUCCGCCAAGGUAUACGUAAUUUUAUGGAAAGUCCUGAUAAUUCUGAUGACGGGCUCUCGUCAGACGGUGAGAAUGCGGAAAAUACCGAAAAUUCCCCUAAAAUAUUAAAAAACAACGUGAAAUCUUCCGAAGACAACGCUAGUUCCAGUGAAUCAGAUAUGGGUGAAUAUCACCUCACUGAGACUGUCGAAAAUGACGUCACAACAUCAAAAGUGUUGGAAAAGACGAACCUAUUUCAAGUUAACAACAAUACCAACAGCAUAAAAGUAUUUAAAUCUCCACAGCAGCAACAACAACAGAGCAUUUUAAUGGAUAAAACAAUGAACAGUAAAUCAAAUGGUGAUCUCAAAACGAGCAAGAAUCAGGUAUAUUACGUACUAAAACACCCUGAAAAAGAAAACGUGGCAAUACCUCGCGUUAAUACAAACAAAACAUAUAAAGUCAAUCCUAGAAGUAUAUUAAAGACGUCCUUUGUUCAAUUGGAACAUCAACAUCAAAAUGAGACAAAAAGCGAGAUUAUUAAACAAGAAAACAAAAACUCCACGAAUAUUCCAAUUGAAAAGAUCGACAAGAGGUUUGCAAGAAACAAAGAAAUUAUGCAAGCAAUCCUGUUCCAAAAUUACAUUGCUAAAACUACUAUCCCUCAUGCACCUGUGAGGCAAGGACGAAUGCCAAGGAAGCAAAAAAUCAAACCUGUUGAACGUGCUGACGAAGAAAUCAUAGUCAAAGAAGUUGCCGUUUCGUCUGAGGGUUUCGUGGAAAUCCCCGAAGAAAACCUACUCCCAAAAGCCAACGUUGAAAUCGUUCAGUUAUCAGAUUCAGAAAACGAUUUAGAUUCGAAACAACAUGAACAUGGAAUCCGCCAAUCGAGAAGGUACAAGUCAGAUGUUUCAGAAAUUAUAAUAAGCGAUAGUGAGGAUGAAUGUGGUGAGACAGUCAAAAUUGUCCAAAUAGACCUUUCCGCAGAUUCAGACGAAGAUGACAAUAAUCGGUCCGAUUUUAAAGAAAAAAAUACAAAAAAAACACGAGGAAGACCAAGAAAGAACGCCCAAAAAGCAGAAACGGUAAGUAAUAUUUCUAUUUUGAAGAGGAAGCGCGGCAGACCACCAAAGAAAAAGCCAAUCACGGACGAAGAAAGAAAUAACGAAUCAGUUUCUUCUCCGAAAAAGCAGCGAACUGACGAAAGCGAGAAUACCAGAAGUAUUAGCGAUGACACCUCUUCAUCAAAAUUAGACAGCAGUGAAGAAAAGGCCGAAAACCAUUGCCCCAAGUGUUCCAAAUCCUUCCCUAGCAAAUCAAGCUUGAAAACACAUUUACAAUAUCAUACGUUCCAAGAAGCGAGUGCCAGAAGAACUAAUAUGCGUUUAACAAGCUCAAUUCCAACACCGUCGGAAAGGUAUCAGUGCCACAAGUGCGGAGAGAUAUUCAAGAACAACGCUCUUCUGAACAAACAUGAGAAGCUUCACAACUCGAAUUCUCUAGAAUGUCACGUGUGCCACAAAGUUUUCACCGAACUCGCUCAACUGAGCACCCACAAGCGAUCUCACGUCAAAGAGCAAAUGUUUAAAGCUACUGUACCUCCAAAGAUUUCCCCGAAACCAUGCAAAUCAUCGAAAGUCUUCAAAACACCACCUCCGCUCAAAUGUCCUGUAUGCAUGAAAACGUUUGCCAACGUGUUGACUCUUAAUACGCACAAAAACAACUUCCAUCGGCAGUUUUCGUGUAGGACGUGCACGAAACAUUUCUAUUCUAAGGUUGCAUGGGAAUCACACGUUAAGAACAGCUGUGUGAAACCGAAAUCACCCGAGAAACGUCGACUGUCUCUCAAUGUGAGAAAAUCAUUUGUUGUACCUCCGCAACCUCAGAGGGCGUCGCGACGACUGUCAGUCAAGGGACGACGUAAAAGUAACGGUAAACAGCAACCCCAAUCGUGUGUCAAUCCUGAUCUUAACGCGACAGAGAGGACGAGAACGCCAGCAGGGGUAGUUAAAGCCCCAUGUAACAUGUGCGAGGUUGUUUGUUUAUCGUUUAAACAUUUGUUCCAACAUAAGGUGACCAAACACGGACUCGAAACUCCGGACAAGAGCGUUAUUGAGAACCCAGUUAAAAAAACUCUCUUCAAAGACAGAGCUGAUCAAGGUGGCGUGCCGGUUACAACGAGAAUCGGCAACGCGUGGGCGGGUCUUAAGAAUAAAAUAGACUGACGCAUACGCAUUUCGCUGGAAUGCGAGAUAAAGAACUAAUAGACUAAUAGACUUAACAAGUGAGUAGUAGUAACGUGUAAUUACUUAUAAGUGUGUGUGAAUGUGUGUGUAUAAGACAGAGAGCGUUGUGAUAUGGGGAAUGCUUUAAACAAAACAAAUGCAGAUUUUUG